AUGAAGACCAGUUUCUUCGUCCAGCUCGCUUUGGCGAUCCUGUUCGGCCUGGUUGCCGGACUGCCCCAGUAUGCCCGCAACGCUCUCGAGCCACGUGCCUAUGUCACGACUACUAAUGUUGUUGUCGUCACUCGUCCGGCCGUCGUCGUCCAUAUCCACGGUACCAGGACUGCUUGGACCGAGACUUUUGCCCCUCUGACCACCCUCACUGUGACGAGCGAGACUUCUUCGGCCAUUGGCUCCCAGGUCACGAGUUCGUCGUCUGGAGUUGCCUCUAGCGAGAGUCCGACGGUCAUUUCUCACUUGAGCGCUUCCUCAUUCAGCGAGGCCAGUUCUGAGAGCCCCACGUCGACUUCGGACCUCCCUACUACACUUCAUGCGCUGUCUUCACGCGCGUACAAUGGGCCGGUCUCCUCUCAGACACCGGACCCUUCCCCGAGCUCCUCCGCCAGUGAUGGGGAUGGCUUUGGUAUUGGCUACAAUCCAUACAACGCGGAUAGCAGUUGCAAAGACAGUGGUUCCAUUACUGAAGAUAUCAGCUCUCUCAAAGGCUACGGCAUGGUCCGUCUCUACGGUACCGACUGCAAUCAACUCGACGCCGCCAUGCCGGCCGCUAAAGAGCUCGGCAUGAAGCUAUUCCUUGGUAUCUGGCACUGCGAAUCUACUGAUACCGCUAUGGCUGAGGCCCAGGCCAUUGUUGAUGCGGUCAAUGAAAACCUCAGUGGCGACUGGAGCUUGAUUGAAGCUGUUAGUGUUGGCAACGAGGUCAUCUCUCGUGGGGAGACAAGCGUUGAAUACCUCCUUGCCACUCUCAAAGCAGUCCAGAACAAGCUUCGUCAAUAUGGUGUCCCGAUAGUUACGGUUGAUACUCCCGACGUAUUCGAAGGUGAGGGCAAGGCGCUUUGCCAGGCAUCUGAUUACACCGCCAUCAAUGCCCAUCCUUUCUUCGACAAGUCCGGGUCGUGGACGGAUCCCAGCCGUGCUGGCGAGUUCACCGAGCUUAUGAGGAACCUUCUCAAUGACUGCGGUCAUGAGCGCACCGUCAUCACUGAGUCGGGUUGGCCUCGUUCCUCCGACUUGGGCUCAGACUAUUUCAUCAACGAGAAUCUGCCUGUUCCCAGUCUCGAGAAUCACAUCGCCGCCAUUGAUUCCCUGAAGAAGGUGUACGCCGAUCAUCCGCAGGACCUGAUAAUCUUCUCCGCGUUCGACGAUCUCUGGAAGAAGGACACGGCCCAGACGAUGGGUGUUGAGCAUUACUGGGGAAUCCUUAACUAA